AUGUCUAGCUACACCCUCCUUGUCAGCGGGUACAGGAAAUACUUUUCCCUCGUCGCCUUCGACCCGUCUACCAGGGGCAUCAAGGUCUUAUCGGACUCCCCUGCCCCUGAGAACGCUUCCUGGGUCGAGCCAGCUGCAAAAAAAUCAACGGAUGGGUCUCGGAUCGUAUACUCUCUAUCAGAGGCCGAAAAGGGAAAGGCUCUCAGUCUGGUGGUCAAAGACGACAAGGUGACCGUCACCAGCGAGAGAGAUACGCUGGGAGGGUCUUGUCACGUUCAUAUCAUGAAGGAUGGUUCCGGCAUAGUCGUUGCCAAUUAUCUCGGAGGCUCGUUGAUCUAUUUCCCAACCGAACAGGACGGCACCUUAUCAGCUACUUCUGCUUCUCCUCUGCUCAAAUUUGACCUCGUCUACACCGAGCAAGGUCAGACCCCUCCUAAUCCUGAGCGCCAAGAUGCCUCCCAUUGCCAUCAAGUCAUCGAGGGCGACGAUGGUAUCUUGUACGUUCCUGAUCUGGGCAACGACAGAGUAUGGGUCGUCUGGAGAGGUGGGGAGAGCGGUCUGAGUGUCAAAGGGUGGUGUCAGGCACCUGCUGGGACUGGUCCCAGACAUGCUACCAUCUCAAAAGACGGUAAACACCUCUAUGUACUUACCGAGCUCGCAAACACUCUUCUCACUUUUCCCUUGACCGACCCUACCUACCCCAUCAUCCCUCAUCCCGACUCUGGCAUUUCCAUCGCCCCACCAUCGGUGCCGGAACAGUAUAUCAAAUAUCUGAAUGCCGCCGAGCUGCUUGCCCAUCCCUCCCUCCCCGUACUUUACGCCUCCAACCGACUAGAGCUCGACAUUGGCAAAGCGUCAAGUGGGAAAUUCGAGUCCAAGGAAAAGGGUGACGCGGUAGCAAUCGCCACACUAUCCUCUGACGGAACACUCGAAGCCGUGCAACACGUGAGAACUGGCGUCGACAAUAUCCGAGCCAUGCAACUCAGCCUCGACGGCAAAUUUGUCGCUUUGGCUGGACAGAAUGGAGGAGGGGUAGAGGUUUACAAUGUGGGACAGGACGGAAAGACGUGGGAGCUGAUGGCAAAAAACGAGGCUAUCACAAAGGUGACAGACCUCGCGUGGUUGUGA